UGUAAGCUUUCCACACCUGAGCUGAACUCGAUUACCGUUGGCCCGAGAUUGCAGUUAUGUCGCUGCUGCAUUCACGUUCCACUUUUGCCAUCCUUGUGGCCCUCCUUGUUCUCUUUUCGUGCCAUCACCACCGUGCAAUUUCUUCACGGGCUCACGCCGUGGCCGUGCUGCUGGACACCACCAACGCCGCCACUGACCGCCUUGCCCUCCUCUCCUUCAAGUCCUUGCUGACCGAUCCGUCACACGCGCUUAGUUCGUGGAACGAGUCCGCUCCUUUCUGCAGCUGGCAAGGCAUCGAAUGCGGAGGCCGCCGCCACCCAGACAGAGUCACGGCCUUGAGCUUGUCCUCGCUCAAUCUCGCUGGAGCCUUCCCCCCCUCCGUCGCCAACCUCACCUUCCUCAAGACGAUCGACCUCUCUAACAACCAACUCGAUGGCCAAGUCCCCAUCGAGCUUGGCCGCCUAUCUCGGCUGCAGUACUUAAACCUCAGCCACAAUUCUCUUCGCGGAAGCAUCCCCGCAGCCCUCGGCCGUUGCUCGGCCCUCGAAACCAUUGCUUUAGGAUACAACCAACUCGAAGGUGAGAUCCCACCCGACCUAGCAAACCUCUCCUCCCUCACAUAUCUCGACCUCUACCGCAACACACUAUCCGGCCAAAUACCCCACUCACUAGGUAACCUUACCUCCCUCCGUCUUCUCAACCUAAUGCGAACCCAACUCUCUGGCGCCAUUCCUUCUACACUAGGCCGCCUCUCGAACCUCAAGUUCCUCUACUUAAGCAUCAACAACUUAUCGGGAACAAUACCUCCGGCCAUUUGGAAUAUCUCCUCCCUCGUCGACCUCUUGGUGGGCGGCAAUGAGCGACUCACUGGCCGCAUCCCACAGGAUGUUGGCGAGACCCUUCCUCGCCUUGAAGCUCUGUUCAUGUAUCAAAACCAGUUCCACGGACCAAUCCCAGCUUCACUAGCAAACGCCACCAGGCUUUCGGAUAUUGAGAUCAAUACCAACUUCUUCAGCGGCACCAUCCCUCCAGAGAUCGGAUCUUUGCAGCUUCUUCAGAAGCUGCUGCUCUAUGAAAACUCACUCGAAGUGAAAGAACCUGAUGAUUGGAGCUUCUUCACGGCCUUAACGAACUGCAGUAACUUGCAAUAUCUGUUGUUACACAACAACAAGUUAAGUGGGUUGCUACCAACCUCAAUUUCCAACCUCUCUGUUUCGAUUGUAUUCAUCACUCUCGGGUCAAACUCGUUCUCAGGUAACGUUCCCGAAGGGAUUGGGAACUUGGUGAACUUAAACCUUUUUUCAAUUGGCAAUAACACUCUCGCAGGUAGUCUCCCUGCAUCAAUAGGGAUGCUCAAAAACUUGCAAAAAUUGGAUUUUUCAUAUAAUAACUUCACCGGAGAAAUCCCGUCCACAAUUGGAAAUCUCUCCCGGCUGUUGGUAUUAUAUUUACCUUCAAAUGAAUUUAGUGGGAACAUACCGAAAACACUCGGUAACUUACAUCAUUUGCAGCAGCUAGACCUUUCUUAUAACAAGCUGAGUGGUAUGAUACCUGAAGACGUGAUGGCCAUCUCCUCUCUCUCAACAGAUCUUGUCCUCUCACAUAAUCUUCUUGUAGGACCGAUACCUUCGGAAGUGGGAAAUUUGAAGAAUCUGGAGAUGUUGGAUGUACAAGGGAAUAAACUAUCCGGUACAAUUCCUUCUACUCUCGGCGAGUGCCAAGUUCUUCAGUUUCUGUACGCACAAAUGAACGCCUUACAGGGGAGCAUUCCAUCUUCUUUUAGAGCACUGAAAGCUAUGCAAGAAUUGGACCUCGCAAGCAACAAUUUAUCCGGAGAGAUUCCAAGUUUUUUUGAGGAUUACAGCAGCCUUUACUAUUUGAAUCUCUCUUUCAACAACUUCGAGGGUGAAGUGCCGAAAACAGGGGUUUUCUCAAAUAUUAGCGCGUUUUCAAUCCGGGGGAAUAACAAGCUCUGCGGAGGAAUCAAGCAACUUCAUUUACCACCUUGUAAUAUCAAAUCCCCACAAAACAAACACACUUUUAGAACACUGAUAAUCGUGAUUCUAGUUAUAGUCGCUUCCGUGAUUAUCAGUUCAAUCUUGCUAUUGUUCUUCUUCUUCUAUUCUCGAUGUUGGCCGGAAUCUGCAAGAGAUCCUUCAACAUCCCUGAAAGACCAUUUGAGAAUCUCUUACUCUGAAUUGGUUAAAGCAACGGACGGAUUCUCAGCGACUAACUUAAUUGGCACGGGAAGCUAUGGUUCUGUUUACAAAGGAGUAUUGGAAGGCGAGGGAGAAGAUAGUGUAAAGGUUGUGGCCGUGAAGGUUCUCAACCUUCAGACACCUGGAGCUUUAAAAAGUUUCACAGCAGAGUGUGAAGCCAUGAAGAACCUUCGACAUAGAAAUCUCGUAAGGAUAAUAACUUCAUGUUCGAGCUCAGAUUACAAUGGGAAUGAAUUCAAAGCGCUAGUCUUCGAAUUCAUGCCGAAUGGUAGUUUGGAAGAUUGGCUGCAUCACGAAGCAAGCUCACAAGCUGAAUCAAAACACUUGAGCCUUCUGCAAAGAUUGAACAUUGCAAUUGAUGUGGCUUCUGCAUUGGAUUAUCUUCAUUGCCACUCUGGCACACCGAUCGUGCACUGUGAUCUGAAGCCAAGCAACGUUCUUUUGGAUGAUGACAUGGUUGCUCAUGUGGGGGACUUUGGAUUAGCCAGGUUCCGGACAGCCCAAAAGUCAGCAAGCUCGAUCGGGUUCAAAGGAUCGAUUGGAUACGUAGCACCAGAGUAUGGAGCGGGGAACAGAGUCUCUGCACAUGGAGACAUCUACAGUUUUGGGAUGCUUCUCAUGGAGAUGAUGACAGGAAGAAGACCCACAGAUAACAUCUUUAAAGAAGAUCUAAGCCUUCACAGAUAUGUUGAGAUUGCCUUCCCUGAUAGGGUCAUUGAGAUUGUCGAUACUCCCUUGCUCGCAGAACUAGCAGAUGAUGAAGACGAAGCUUUCGAAGAGAAGGAACCAACUGGCGGAAAAGCAUUUCAGUGCAUAGUUUCAUUGCUUAGAGUCGGCCUCAUGUGUUCAAAGCAAUUCCCCACCGAGCGAAUGCUGAUUGGAGAUGUCAUCAAGGAAUUGCAUGUAGUUCGAGAAAUGCUGCUAGGGAAGAAGGAUGUGUAGAAAGGAGGAAAUGAAGAUAGAAAGGAAGCAUAUCUUCGAAACUAUGCUUCAUGAUCCAUGUGAAAUCGUUAAUGUUUCUCAGGGAUGUAAACUUUAUCCAAGCACACAGAAUACGUGUAUUUGUAGUUGGUAGUUAGCAAUUUAUACAAAAGCGCCUUGUAGGUGCUGGAUAGACAAAGAGCUCUAAUACUGCUAAGUCCUUUUUU